AAAAAACUAGGUUAAAAAGAACUAAAAAAGAAGGCGUGGUUUCUUGAAUUCCAAAACUUAAAAAGUAAUCACUGGGACCUAAAUUUGCAGCGAGGUGAUACAGCAGUGCAAACUUGUAGAACACUGAAAUGUCACCUUGGGAAUGACUUCUGGGCUUUAAAAAAUUACAAGGAGAAAAGCUCACGAGGAGGAGAUUUGUUUUAAAAAAUUGACCUAUUAGUCCACAUCUGGACGUCCACCAUGCUUCGAGCCUUUGUUCAGCCCGCUGCGCCUGCAUACCAGCCGCUUCCCCGGCAGCCUUCGGCCGAGUCAGAGGUGAAGUUUAAGGGCACUUUGGUGCAUGAAGCUCAACUCAACUGUUUCUAUAUCCCUCCUGGAGGUUCCAACUAUGGGAGCCCUCGCCCCGCUCACGCCAACAUGAAUGCCAAUGCGGCUGCAGGGCUCGCCCCCGAGCACAUCCCGACGCCAGGGGCGGCCUUGUCCUGGCAGGCGGCCAUCGACGCAGCCCGGCAGGCCAAGCUGAUGGGCAGUGCUGGCAAUGCAACCAUUUCCACUGUCAGCUCCACACAGCGGAAGCGGCAGCAGUAUGGGAAACCCAAGAAGCAGGGCAGCACGACUGCCACACGCCCGCCCCGCGCCCUCCUCUGCCUGACUCUGAAGAACCCCAUCAGGAGGGCGUGCAUCAGCAUUGUCGAAUGGAAACCAUUUGAAAUAAUUAUUUUACUGACUAUUUUUGCCAAUUGUGUGGCCUUAGCGAUCUAUAUUCCCUUUCCAGAAGAUGACUCCAAUGCCACCAAUUCCAACCUGGAACGAGUGGAAUAUCUCUUUCUCAUAAUUUUUACUGUGGAAGCAUUUUUAAAAGUAAUAGCCUAUGGACUUCUCUUUCAUCCCAACGCUUACCUCCGCAAUGGCUGGAAUUUACUAGAUUUUAUAAUUGUGGUUGUAGGGCUUUUUAGUGCAAUUUUAGAACAAGCCACCAAAGCCGAUGGGGCAAAUGCUCUAGGAGGGAAAGGAGCUGGAUUUGAUGUGAAGGCACUGAGGGCAUUCCGUGUGCUGCGCCCCUUGCGGCUGGUGUCUGGAGUCCCAAGUCUCCAAGUGGUUCUGAAUUCCAUUAUCAAGGCUAUGGUCCCCCUGCUGCAUAUUGCCCUGUUAGUGCUGUUUGUCAUCAUCAUCUAUGCUAUCAUUGGCCUGGAGCUCUUCAUGGGGAAGAUGCACAAGACCUGCUACAACCAGGAGGGCAUAGCAGAUGUUCCAGCAGAAGAUGAUCCUUCCCCUUGUGCUCUGGAGACCGGCCAUGGGCGGCAGUGCCAGAAUGGCACUGUGUGCAAGCCUGGCUGGGAUGGGCCCAAGCACGGCAUCACCAACUUUGACAAUUUUGCCUUCGCCAUGUUGACAGUGUUCCAGUGCAUCACGAUGGAGGGCUGGACAGAUGUGCUAUACUGGGUCAAUGAUGCCGUAGGAAGGGACUGGCCCUGGAUCUAUUUUGUUACACUAAUCAUCAUAGGGUCAUUUUUUGUACUUAACUUGGUUCUCGGUGUUCUUAGCGGAGAGUUUUCCAAAGAGAGAGAGAAGGCCAAGGCUCGGGGAGAUUUCCAGAAGCUGCGAGAGAAGCAGCAGCUGGAAGAAGACCUGAAGGGCUACCUGGACUGGAUCACCCAGGCAGAGGACAUCGACCCUGAGAACGAGGAUGAAGGCAUGGAUGAGGAGAAGCCCCGAAACAUGAGCAUGCCCACAAGUGAGACCGAGUCUGUCAACACCGAAAACGUGGCUGGAGGUGACAUUGAAGGAGAGAACUGCGGGGCCAGGCUGGCCCAUCGGAUUUCCAAAUCAAAGUUCAGCCGCUACUGGCGCCGGUGGAAUCGGUUCUGCAGAAGAAAGUGUCGUGCUGCAGUCAAGUCUAAUGUCUUCUACUGGCUUGUGAUCUUCCUGGUGUUCCUCAACACACUCACCAUUGCCUCAGAACAUUACAACCAGCCCCACUGGCUCACAGAGGUCCAAGAUACGGCCAACAAGGCACUACUGGCCCUUUUCACUGCAGAGAUGCUGCUAAAGAUGUACAGCCUGGGCCUACAGGCCUACUUUGUGUCCCUAUUCAACCGCUUUGACUGCUUCAUCGUGUGUGGGGGCAUCCUGGAGACCAUCCUGGUGGAGACCAAGAUCAUGUCUCCCUUGGGCAUCUCUGUGCUGAGAUGUGUCCGGCUACUGAGGAUAUUUAAAAUCACAAGGUACUGGAACUCCUUAAGCAACCUGGUGGCAUCCUUGCUGAAUUCCGUGCGCUCCAUCGCCUCCCUGCUGCUACUCCUCUUCCUCUUCAUCAUCAUCUUCUCCCUCCUGGGGAUGCAGCUCUUUGGAGGAAAGUUCAACUUUGAUGAGAUGCAGACUCGGAGGAGCACAUUUGAUAACUUUCCUCAGUCCCUCCUCACUGUGUUUCAGAUCCUGACCGGGGAGGACUGGAAUUCGGUGAUGUAUGAUGGGAUCAUGGCUUAUGGCGGCCCCUCUUUUCCAGGGAUGUUAGUCUGUAUUUACUUCAUCAUCCUCUUCAUCUGUGGAAACUAUAUCCUACUGAAUGUGUUCUUGGCCAUUGCUGUGGAUAACCUGGCUGAUGCUGAGAGCCUCACAUCUGCCCAAAAGGAGGAGGAAGAAGAGAAGGAGAGAAAGAAGCUGGCCAGGACUGCCAGCCCAGAGAAGAAACCAGAGAUAGUGGAAAAACCAGCUGUGGAGGAGACCAAGGAGGAGAAAAUUGAGCUGAAAUCCAUUACAGCUGAUGGAGAGUCCCCACCCACCACCAAGAUCAACAUGGAUGACCUCCAGCCCAAUGAAAAUGAGGAUAAGAGUCCCUACCCCAACCCAGAAAAUACAGGAGAAGAUGAGGAGGAGGAGCCUGAGAUGCCUGUGGGCCCCCGCCCUCGACCACUCUCUGAGUUGCACCUUAAGGAAAAAGCAGUGCCCAUGCCAGAAGCCAGUGCGUUUUUCAUCUUCAGCCCCAACAACAGGUUUCGCCUCCAGUGCCACCGCAUUGUCAAUGACACGAUCUUCACCAACCUGAUCCUCUUCUUCAUUCUGCUCAGCAGCAUUUCCCUGGCAGCUGAGGACCCUGUCCAGCACACCUCCUUCAGGAACCAUAUUCUAUUUUAUUUUGACAUUGUUUUCACUACCAUUUUCACCAUUGAAAUUGCUCUGAAGAUCCUAGGCAAUGCAGACUAUGUCUUCACUAGUAUCUUUACAUUAGAAAUUAUCCUUAAGAUGACUGCUUAUGGGGCUUUCUUACACAAGGGCUCUUUCUGCCGGAACUACUUCAAUAUCUUGGACCUGCUGGUGGUCAGCGUGUCCCUCAUCUCCUUUGGCAUCCAGUCCAGUGCAAUCAAUGUGGUGAAGAUCUUGAGAGUUCUGCGAGUCCUCAGGCCCCUGAGGGCCAUCAACAGGGCCAAGGGGCUAAAGCACGUGGUCCAGUGUGUGUUUGUCGCCAUCCGGACCAUAGGGAACAUCGUGAUUGUCACCACGCUGCUCCAGUUCAUGUUCGCCUGCAUCGGGGUCCAGCUUUUCAAGGGAAAGCUCUACACCUGUUCAGAUAGUUCCAAACAGACCGAGGCGGAAUGCAAGGGUAACUACAUCACAUACAAGGAUGGGGAAGUCGACCACCCCAUCAUCCAAACCCGCAACUGGGAGAACAGCAAGUUUGACUUUGACAAUGUUCUAGCGGCCAUGAUGGCCCUCUUUACUGUCUCCACCUUUGAGGGGUGGCCAGAGCUGCUGUACCGCUCCAUCGACUCCCACACAGAAGACAAGGGCCCCAUCUACAACUACCGUGUGGAGAUCUCUAUCUUUUUCAUCAUCUACAUCAUCAUCAUUGCCUUCUUCAUGAUGAACAUCUUCGUGGGUUUCGUCAUCGUUACCUUCCAGGAGCAGGGGGAGCAGGAAUACAAGAACUGUGAGCUGGACAAGAACCAGCGACAGUGUGUGGAAUAUGCCCUCAAGGCCCGGCCCCUACGGAGGUACAUCCCCAAGAACCAACACCAGUACAAAGUGUGGUAUGUGGUCAACUCCACCUACUUUGAAUACCUGAUGUUCGUCCUCAUCCUGCUCAACACCAUCUGCUUGGCCAUGCAGCACUAUGGUCAGAGCUGCCUAUUCAAAAUCGCCAUGAACAUCCUCAACAUGCUCUUCACCGGCCUCUUCACUGUGGAGAUGAUUCUGAAGCUCAUUGCCUUCAAACCCAAGCACUAUUUCUGUGAUGCAUGGAAUACAUUUGACGCCUUGAUUGUUGUGGGUAGCAUUGUUGAUAUAGCAAUCACCGAGGUAAACCCAGCUGAACAUACCCAAUGCUCUCCCUUUAUGAAUGCAGAGGAGAACUCCCGAAUCUCUAUCACCUUCUUCCGCCUCUUCCGGGUCAUGCGCCUGGUCAAGCUGCUGAGCCGUGGGGAGGGCAUCCGGACCCUGCUGUGGACCUUCAUCAAGUCCUUCCAGGCCUUGCCCUACGUGGCCCUUCUGAUAGUGAUGCUGUUCUUCAUCUACGCAGUGAUCGGGAUGCAGGUGUUUGGGAAAAUUGCACUGAAUGACACCACAGAGAUCAACCGGAACAACAACUUCCAGACUUUCCCCCAAGCUGUGCUGCUUCUCUUCAGGUGUGCCACAGGGGAGGCAUGGCAGGACAUCAUGCUGGCCUGCAUGCCAGGGAAGAAGUGUGCCCCCGAGUCAGAGCCUAGCAACAGCACGGAAGGGGAAACGCCUUGUGGCAGCAGCUUUGCCGUCUUUUACUUCAUCAGCUUCUACAUGCUCUGUGCCUUUCUGAUCAUCAACCUCUUUGUAGCUGUCAUCAUGGACAACUUUGAUUACCUGACAAGGGACUGGUCAAUCCUUGGUCCCCAUCAUCUGGAUGAAUUUAAAAGAAUCUGGGCAGAGUAUGAUCCUGAAGCCAAGGGUCGUAUCAAACACCUAGAUGUGGUGACCCUGCUCCGGCGGAUUCAGCCCCCACUGGGUUUUGGGAAGCUGUGCCCUCACCGUGUGGCUUGCAAACGCCUGGUCUCCAUGAACAUGCCUCUUAACAGUGAUGGGACGGUCAUGUUCAAUGCCACCCUGUUUGCCCUGGUCCGGACAGCCCUGCGGAUCAAAACAGAAGGGAACCUAGAACAAGCCAAUGAGGAGCUGAGGGCCAUAAUCAAGAAGAUCUGGAAGCGGACCAGCAUGAAACUGCUAGAUCAAGUGGUGCCCCCUGCAGGUGAUGAUGAGGUCACUGUUGGCAAGUUUUACGCGACUUUCCUGAUCCAAGAGUACUUCCGGAAAUUCAAGAAGCGCAAAGAGCAGGGCCUUGUGGGCAAGCCUUCCCAGAGGAACGCCCUCUCCCUGCAGGCUGGCUUGCGCACGCUGCAUGACAUUGGGCCUGAGAUCCGACGGGCCAUCUCUGGAGAUCUGACAGCCGAGGAGGAGCUGGACAAGGCCAUGAAGGAGGCUGUAUCUGCUGCCUCCGAAGAUGACAUCUUCAGGAGGGCCGGUGGCCUGUUCGGCAACCACGUCAGCUACUACCAAAGCGACGGCCGGAGCGCCUUCCCCCAGACCUUCACCACCCAGCGCCCACUGCACAUCAACAAGGCGGGUAACAGCCAAGGCGACACCGAGUCGCCAUCCCACGAGAAACUGGUGGACUCCACCUUCACCCCCAGCAGCUACUCGUCCACUGGCUCCAACGCCAACAUCAACAAUGCCAACAACACUGCCCUGGGCCGCUUCCCCCGCCCCGCUGGUUACCCCAGCGUGGUCAGCACCGUGGAGGGCCAUGGGCCCCCCUUGUCUCCUGCUGUCCGGGUGCAGGAGGCAGCAUGGAAGCUCAGCUCCAAGAGGUGCCACUCCCGGGAGAGCCAGAUAGCCAUGGUGUGUCAGGAGGAGGUCGCUCAGGCCGAGACCUAUGACGUGAAGAUGAGUGAAGACGCCGAGUACUGCAGCGAGCCCAGCCUGAUCUCCACAGAGAUGCUCUCCUAUCAGGAUGAUGAAAAUCGGCAGUUAACACCACCCGAGGAGGACAAGAGGGACAUCCGGCAAUCUCCAAAGAGGGGCUUCCUCCGCUCAGCCUCACUAGGUAGAAGGGCCUCCUUCCACCUGGAAUGUCUGAAGCGACAGAAGAAUCAAGGGGGAGACAUCUCUCAGAAGACAGUCCUGCCCUUGCAUCUGGUUCAUCAUCAGGCAUUGGCGGUGGCAGGCCUGAGCCCCCUCCUCCAGAGAAGCCAUUCCCCCAGCACAUCCCCCAGGCCCUGUGCCACCCCACCAGCCACACUGGGCAGCCAAGGCUGGCCCCCACAGCCUAUCCCCACCCUGCGGCUGGAGGGGGCCGAGUCCAGCGAGAAACUCAACAGCAGCUUCCCGUCCAUCCACUGCAGUUCCUGGUCCGGGGAGCCCACACCCUGCAGUGGGGGCAGCAGCACCAUCCGGAGAGCCCGGCCGGUGUCCCUCACUGUGCCUGGCCAGGCUGGGGGCCGGGGCAGGCAAUUCCACGGCAGCGCCAGCAGCCUGGUAGAAGCGGUCUUGAUUUCAGAAGGACUGGGGCAGUUUGCUCAAGAUCCCAAGUUUAUCGAGGUCACAACCCAGGAGCUGGCUGACGCCUGUGACAUGACCAUAGAGGAGAUGGAGAACGCCGCAGACAACAUCCUCAGUGGGGGCGCUCAGCAGAGCCCCAACGGCACCCUACUACCUUUCGUUAACUGCAGGGACCCAGGGCAGGACAGAGCAGGGGGCCAAGAGGGCGAGACCUGCGCGCCCACCCUGGCGUGUCGGAAGAGCGAGGAGGAGCUCCAGGACAGCAGAGCCCACGUCGGCAGCCUGUAGUAGCUAGGGCUGGGGAGACGCUGGGUUUUUUAUUUGUUUCAAUGUUCCUAAUGGGUUCGUUUCAGAAGUGCCUCACUGUUCUCGUGACCUGGAGUUAACCGGAACAGCGUCUUCAUUCAUUUCGUUGGGACAAGACGCAGAGUUGGGUGGUGGUGGAGAGUCAGUUUUUCGGGGGGCAUGGAAGGCAGCAACCCCAGUUUGUGUUGUGUGCACAGAGGCAGAGUGGUGAGGAGGAGUGGAAGAAUCAGGGAGGGAGAGCAAGAGAAGAGACGCCUGCCCUCGCCUCCGGGCAUGAAAGAGAACCUCAGCUUCCUGCGGUAGCCCUCACCAAAAGGACCCUAUGUCAAACGGGUGUCUUUCAACUUUGCUUGUUUAAAAAAAAAAAUCUUUUUGCACAUAGUCUGUACGAGCCUCACUGUCUCCAUCGAGCCAGGGCCCUGUGGAUUUGUAGAAGGAAGCAGGGGUAGGACUUCAGCGAGGACCCAGCCCCAUCCCAGCAGAGAGGGAGGAAGAAGAGCCAGAGGCCACAGGAGCACAGGAACCGGCAGCGGAGGGCUGGGGGCGUGGCCUCCCGGCCUAUGCCCCGGCCACGCCCACCGGCCUGCGUCGGGAUCCCCCUGCCUGCGCUGGGCGCCCGGCUGCAGAACCGCGGCUGGGCCUGCGUGGGGGGAAGGGCAGCCAGCUAGCUCUUGACGCGAGGAGGUGGUGCUGGGCUUCUGUUGAGCGAUCUUUUGUUCUGUGGUUUGACAUUUUUCUUGAUAGCAUGUUGCAGUGUUCGGUUUUUUUGGGUUUUGUUUUAUUUUCAUCUUGUUUUCCCUGAGGGAGGGGAGGAAGAAGUGUUUACAAAGCCUUGUAGCCACCCACCUUACUGUUUUCACUUUUGCAAAUGUAAACCAGGUUUGGUUUUACUGUAUUUAAAACGAUUGUGGUUUUCUUUUUCUACGGUGGGUUCAGUGGAGCCGCUGUAGGCGAGUUUUACCAGCCAUUGUGUAUGCGCAGUAAUUUGUUAUAAUUUCCGUAGGUAGUAACAACAAUUUUUGGAGUUUGGUUUUAUAAUUUAAAGGUAAUGCACUUGAUGUGGUCUUGCACAUAUGGGUGAUUGAGUUGGGUUCUUUUUAAUGCUGGGUGUAUCCGUGGGUGCCAGAGAGAGGAAGCACGGAUGGGAGUCUCUGUGAGUGUGUGUGCUACGUGUGUAGUGGGUUGUCAGGGCACAUGUCCUACGUGUGUAUGGGCACCCAUGUUGUGCGCCCAUGCGUGAAUGAGUGUGUAGCUCCCCCUUUCUGGUCUAACUGUGGGGAGAUCUGAAUCUGGGGCCAUUUGAAAGCAAAAACAAACCACUGUCUCUGCUUCUGAAACGGGAAUCAGUAACUCUUUGCAUUUUCUGUCCCACAAGAUAUGCAAAAACAAUGCAAUAAUAUUCAUUUUAAAAAUACAAUUGUGAGUUGUGUUGGCAUUAAAACUGUAUGUAAAAAAAAAACACAGAGAAAUUUAAGGGAAAAACUCAAGAAGGCGUUUUGCUUCGAUAUAUUCCGUGUAAUGUUUUAUUGCAUUGAUAAUGUUUCUGUUGAAGAAACUGCUAUACUUGAAUUCAGGUCAGUUUCAGUAUUUUACAAAUAUUUUUUUAAAACUGAAUUGCAAUUGUGCCAAGCGAACAUAAUGAAUUGAAUUAAGUUUGUUUUUGAAUUCACUUCUUGUAUAUUUUGCUGCAUGUAAGUAAAUCAUUUUGUAUUUGGAGUGUGACAAGCUUUACCCUUUAACUCUGGAGUGCUUUUCUAUAUGUGGUUGGGGGAAAGGGAACGAAUAUUCUUUUAAUUUGUACAAUGAGUAAAGGUAUCACCAGUGUAAAUCAUUACUCUGCAAUCCACAAACAGGUUUGGACAAUACUGUUUUGCAUAUCUUGUGUUCGCUUCCGUUUCCCUCAAUUUCUCCAAAACUCUAUGAUAAGUAUAUUCAUACUACAUCUUGCUUUGAGAGACCAGGACAUGUCUAAUUCCUGUCUUCAUUCUAUCCACUCUGCUCCAGUUUUCUGAUUUGGACUUUCUCUAGGGACAGUCCUUCACCAUGACGGGACAUCACCGGGCUGGCAUCAGGAUCCCCCAUGGGAGAGGUGGCUGGCUUUGCUGUUCCACCGCACAAAGUUUCCUCAGUGGUUCUCUCAGGAAAGUGUUCAGUGACUUGAGAGGAUGGAGCUAGAGCCGGGCUGGUUGGAGGGAGGGAGUCCUCCCCUUGGCAACUGCUCUACCCAAACUCAGAUGGCAGGGGCCGGAAAACAGCGACCAGGUAAAAUCUUUGUCCAUCCAAAAGUCAGCUCUGUGUUGUUCGCUUCAUCUCUUCCUCGCUCUGGAGCAGGAUUUCCUCCAGACCUACCCUAGUGUGUGUGGCAGCCAUGGAGGGGACCAGGGCCACCAGGGAGGAAGUGUCAGGAGUUCACAGUGAUCGUGGAACCAGAGACUUUGCGGGAGCAUCUCUUAGGCCCAUAUGCAUCUACCUAGAAUAUCAUCCUGUCAGUGCUGUUUCCUUCAGAUAGAUUUCAACAGUGAUGGUUGAAAAGGAAGUGAUGUGGGGAAAACAGGACCCAACCGUUCAUCCAGGAUUUACCUAUUGAAUGUCUUCUGGGCCCAGGUGCUCUCCUUAUAUGAGCAGCCUAGACAUUAAAGUUGGAGAAAGUCCAUUUCUCAGUGAAGAUGAGUUUCACUUUCAAGGAUUGAUUCAUGAAAAAGUGGAGAAAUGUGCUGGAUACUCCCAGGUUAGCUGACAGUCUAGAAGCAGAAGGGUUUCUUCCUGUUUCUCCAAGCCCAACCCAUCCAAUCUUUUUUGGUUUGUUUUCAGUGCUGUGGAGGCCUUCUAGAAAUUACAGUUAGGUACCACCCUUUGUCUAGUUUCCCAAGGUAUCUGCCACUGUGCUGCUAAGAUUUUAGUUAUAAGAGAGAGGGGAGCCCUUUUGUAUUAAUACCUGGUUCUUGCUGUACAUUUGGGCCCUGGAUAGAAAUUUGGGAUCUUAAUUGACCACAUGCACACAAACACACACAACACACUCACACACUCACUCAGCCUUCCUGCUGUUUCUUUUUUCCUUUUGGACUUCUUCUGCAUCACCAAAUCUCAUUGGCCAGCUGCAGAGGCUGUCUCGAGCCAUGGGGUCUUUCUAGCAUGACCUCAUGGUCACUUGGUAAAAGGCUGACAUAAAAUACUUGUCAUCAUGACAGACUGGUUAAGUCCGUCAUGAAAUCAUGAACCUCAUCCAUUAAGUGACGCUCACUUAGAGCAGAACUUGCCCCAUCACCUUGUAAAACAUAACUCAGAUCCUCUAAGAACCCAUGAGGGGCAGGAGAAAGCUGCUAAUGGCUGAGGACCAGCAGGACUGGAAGAAGCGCAGUGUAAGUUCGGGGGGUGGUGAACGUGACUUAUUUGUCCUCUGAAUGGCCCAGACUCUUAUUUCCAUACUUGGGCUUUUCAGUAAUUAGUUGUGUGUGUGAUUUUCAGUUGUCUCCUUUCUGCCUGUUUCUAGAAAGUUCUUUUUGGUCUUGAACAGAAAGAGAAUGUUCUCCUAGGUUUUGGCUUGAUCCAUGAUUUUUUCUCUGCUUUGCUUCAGAGGCUGUUACUUAUAGUUCCUCCUCUCACCUUCUAAGUCUGACAGGCUGCCCUCUGCCUGGGAGGUCCAAGGACAAAGGGACAAGGCUUCCUUCUUCUGUCUUUCUCCUGUGACACUGCUUCCAAAUCUCAAGGGCUUGUCUGAAGUGAAACUAUCAUUUUCUCACAGCCAUUUUCCUUCCAGAACUUCUGAUCAUUCACCUAAAGAUAGCAAGGCAACCACAGGAGAAGUGUACCUUUCAAUGCUAAGGUAAAUAUCUUUCUGAGAAAUAAGAACACCCUGAAAAUGAAGAGUUUGGAAGUUGUCGAAACGGUUUCAUGGAGGCCAGUUGAUGCAUGCCCAUCAUUCCUAGGACAUAUAGCAAGAACCUAGUUUAGGAAUACAGAAUGCCCCUGGUAGUCAGGUUUUUAGCCUCAUGAAAGCACAAUUAUAAAUGUUGCUAAGGAGUAUGAAAGCAUCUCUGUCCUGAGGGACUUAGAAAAAAAAGAAAUAUCAUUGUCUAAGAGUUAGAAACCAUUUAGUAAAGAGGCCAGAAAAGGGCAAUCUGGUUUCAAGAAAACCCAUUUAAGCCCCAAGUUAGUAAAAACAAAACAAAACAAAACAAAAAAAACCUCACUGAUAAGAGUACAGGCAAGUUCUAUUUUUUUAAAGACAUGGCUCUGGUCAGGGGACAGUAUUGGCCAACUCAAAGGGCAGGUCUCAACCUUUUAUGCACCUGUUCCCAUUAUGUGGAAAGAAGUGUCCAGUUCAACCACGUAUAAAGGCCAGUACAGGGGAAAGUCUGAUGCGUCAAGGAUCACCUUUAGAAAAAGAGAAAACUAAAAUUUCCAUCUGGCAUUGUUUUACCAGACAAACUCUUUGGCUAGAUGUGGGGUAUCUGCCACCCUAUCUUUCCUCUCUGCUGGUGUCCCUCCCCUUGUAUUAGCCAGCAUGCCACUUAAAACAGGCUCUGGUCAGUUGGAAGGUAUGAAGGGAGGCCUAAUGUCACUUACAGCGAAGCUCCUGGUCAUCACACCUGAGUUCCCCAUCAGUUCCCUCUGAGGAGACACAAGGAAAAGAGACAAGAGAGCAUAGCAUCCUACAACUGUCGGGGAAGGGCUCUUCCCCUCCCCCAAGCCUUUCUCUCCAUUCCAGACUCCUGCCCACCCUCCUUUGUCCUCAGCCUCCCCCCCCCACUCCGUCUACUCAACAGAAGAGUUGAGAGGAGUCCAAUGAGCAGAUUCUUCCAUAAUUUCUUUGUGAAACUAGUUCUGGUUUUAACUUUAUUUCAAAGCAAUGAAACUUUGCUCUGGAGCCAGACAUCGAUAGAACAGGUGGUUUCUGCCAGACUUCCACAUGGUUGGGGAGACACUGGAACACCACACACAUACACACUUCCUUAAGAAACAGGUGCUAGUGAAGAGGUUGAGCUUUACACACAUGAUAGUGUCCUCCCAGAGGGCUCAGCACUGUGGAGAGAGAACCAGAGUAACUUCCCUGGGUAGAAAUAGUGCAAUCUGAACCUAUUAUUACUGUGAACUAAAUAUUACUUAUCUACACUGAGAAAUACUACUACUUCUAAAAUCAAGACCUUUCCCUCACACGAUUUUAAGGGGUUUGCUCCACAGCAGAUGCAGUGGUAUAGACUCUUCAGCUCUCCAGUAUCUAGGAAAGCCUUUUGAUGGGUCUCUGAAGGGGAAUUAGAGAUUGCCAGCUAAGUUGAACAAAUCGAUUCAACACUGAGAGUAAGUCAGAGUUGGGCCUGUCCACAAAAACCCCCUCAGUCUUUACUAAAUUGAGAAAUACAAGACACAGACGAGAUAAUUAAACAACAGCUUGAAAUGUCACAUCACCAGAGUCAAAUAUUCUCCCUUCAGAUCAGAUGCUGGCCUCUUCCCAGAGUGCUGUGCACUCUCUUUUGGGGGGCAUCCCAUGCAUUCCAUUUCCCAGAAUCUAAAAUGACUUGCAUAAGUUUCCUAGAAAGGGCAGCAUGACAUUUAAUCUACCGUAAAUCAGACAUUUACUACAUAUUUGCCAUCCCCAAAUCACUCAUGUACCUCAUACAUAAGGAAAUAUGUUACCUAGAUCAUUAUCAGAAAAAUCUCUUGGUGGAAGAGGUUGUACAUCUUAAGGGAGGGUGAUUUCUAUGUGAAGAACUGUGGAAAUGGACAGGAUGGUUCCUAUUUGCAGCUUAAGCCUGAAGAACUCUUGUUCCGAUAUGCUUGGAGCCCUGGAGUGUACAGGCAGGGGGAUGAGGAAGGCGAGGGUGAGUGGGCGCCAGCCUCAGCACGGAGUCACUGCCAAGGGAUGCCAAGGGCUGCAGGUUUCAGACCCCCUGCAUGAGGUCUCUCCUGAGCCCGCAACCAGGAAGGAAGAGAAGAGAAAGUUCCCUUCUGUAGAGUCACAGGAGGAAUAAAAGAGGACUGGUCACUGCGUCCUGUACCAAGCUCCCCCCCCCCCCACCGUAAGAUUUCCCAACAUGAAGAAACUAUAUCAAAGCUUAAAAGAAAAAAAACUUGGGAAAUCAAGGGUAGACAGUUGUAAACAGAUAACCCUGUGCAAAGGGCUCCUUCACAAGGCAACUCCAGCGACCCAGAUGCUAUGGGCUCUUUUAUGCUUGCACACAUCAUACCGUCCAUGCAUCAAGCUGCAUCACACUCCCCCAAGUUUGGAAUCCAUCUCUUGGUUUCUCAACUAGAUUAUGCACCACCCCAUAGCUGCUUCCUGCCCUGCCCAGAACAUGUGCUGUUCCCCCAGAGCCUCAUGGGAAUGAGGUCUAGCACCAAAUAGGCGUGGAUAUCAGAGGCAUAACCAAUUUGGACAAAUCUGUACUGGUAGUAGUUGAGAACAACCUGUAGAAAAACAGACAAGUUCGUUAAGAAAUUGGGUGAUGGGUCCCCUAGCUGGUGAAGCACCGAAUGUCCGUUACUCUCUUAAUCGUCCUGUUUUAAUACCUAUAGCAUCCAAGAAAAAUUCCCAUCCAUGUAAGAGGCUCCAGAUACAUCAUUCUCUCCUCAUGUCCUUCUGCUCAGGCCUGAGCCAAUCUGUAUCCUGCUUGUUCUCAGAGCUUCACAGAAAGAUGAGCGGUGCCUCCAUUGUCAUCCCACUGCCUGUCACCACCCCCCACACCCUUGCACACCCCACACCUUCCUCUCCAGGCUCCACGACUUCACGGUCUUACUGUUGUAAAUACUGUUGUACAGUUUGUAAUCAUCAAAUAAUCCCGUUGUCAAAGGCUGCGCCUUCUCACUCUUGAGAAAGGCCAGGGAAUCUAGAAGGGGUAACCUUUCAAGAAGAGCUUCAGGGUCAUCUCUGUGUGAGACGCUAUGUAUAUUCCUGUAAGAUUGCAUUUUUAUCUAAGGAAUGAUGUUAUUUAAAAAACAAACAAAAAAACAAAAAACAAGAAUUGCAAAUAAAUUUCUUAACAAUGUCUA